GGGAACGAAAGGAUUGUCGGGCAACGGCCCGUCGGCGUUCCCCCUUUUCGUUACCGACUUCCAAGAUCUCCAAGAAAACACGCGAAUCAGGAAAGUGGGCUGCCAAGCAGCUGUCAUGACGCGGCUGGCUUUCUGCAACUCUUCGCAUCUGCAGCGACCCAGGACACUCCCAGUCCCCACGCAGUUUUUCAAUGGCAUAUGUCACCCCAACUGAAAUACGCGGUAGCUACGAGUAUCCCACUCACAUCCCUUGGCAUAUUGCACUGCCCCAUUAUUGCGAAUAAUGGGAUGGGGUUGUGAUGGCAUCGGGUGGGAACAGGGUAGCACUAUCAGAGGGAAAUGUUAUCUCUUCUCGGAACUCCGGCUCUCCUCUUUUCCUCUCUAUUCCUCGAAUGCCGGCAACGAGCAUUUGUUGAUUCAAUCCGACGAUGAGGUCCUCCUUCGCCCUCCUGAUAGCUCUCCCGGCAGCAGUUAGAGCUUGGUCGUUGAAUGCGUACAAUCUGGGUCUUCAUGGGGUUUAUCCGACACAGAACUUUGUCUCUCUUGGCCAACCAACACCGUGGGCGCAGAUUUCGCAAUGGGAUCCUCGAUGCGACCAAGAUGGAGGACUCAUUCUACUGAGUCCUCGAGGCAUCAAUGUUCCCAAUCCUGGGCCGGUAAUACUCGAUCCUAGGGGGAAUCUGGUUUGGUCCGAAGGGAAGUUUGGACAAGCUAUGAAUCUGCAGGUACAAAGGUACAAGGAAGAAGAUUUCUUGACAUUCUGGUCGGGAACAAGCCACGGACCGCACUCCAAUGGCUCUUACUACAUGCUUGAUUCCUCGUAUGAAGUUGCCCACACAAUAACCUCGGUCGGCAUAGACAUGGGAGGCGAUCUCCACGAAUUCGAGAUUACGGAUAAUGGAACUGCACUGUUUACAAUAUACGAGGACAAGCAGGUGGACUGUUCGGAUGUUGGACAUGACGGGCUCUGCUGGAUCGACGACUGCCUUUUUCAAGAAGUUGACAUAGUCACUGGUGAAUUGCUCUUCCAAUGGCGGGCUUCUGAUCACGUACCACUCAGCCAUUCAUAUAAGCUCCGACACAAGGACGGAAUGACGAAGAAGAAGGCGUGGGAUUUCUUCCACCUGAAUAGCGUUGAGAAGGACGAUUUGGGGAACUACCUUAUUUCAUCCAGGCAUAUGCGCGCCAUAUACUAUCUGGACUCGAAGGGAAACAUACUUUGGAGUCUUGGGGGAAAGCACAGUGACUUUACUGACCUGUCCGAUGGAUAUGCUUCGAACUUCAAAUGGCAGCAUCAUGCGAGAUGGAGGGGUAACAACACCAUGUCGUUCUACGAUAACCAUGCAAAGAAUGUCUUCCACCCUCUCUCUGAAUUCAGUCGCGGUAUGUUGGUUCAAUUUGACUUCGAAAACAUGACCGUCAAACUGCUCCAGACAUACAAGCACCCAGAUAAUGUCCUAUCGAUAUCGCAAGGGUCCAUGCAGGUGAUUCCAGAGUCUGGAAACGUGAUGAUUGGAUGGGGAAACACACCAGCGUACACGGAAUUCACAGCCGAUGGCGAGGUUCUGUGUAAUACACAUUUCGGCGCUCCCCUGUUCUUCAUGAUCCUCGAUUUCGGAUGGGUGAAGUCAUACCGUACAUUCAAGAGCCCCUGGGUCGGCAAGCCAAAGACACCACCCACGAUCAAGAUCUAUGCCGGCCAAAUUUUCGCAAGCUGGAAUGGAGCAACUGAAGUUGCGAAGUGGAGGCUCGAGAGCGCGAAAUCCCUGAAAGCCACUGAUGACGAGUUUUCCGUCGUUGAGGAAAUAGACAAGAAUGGCUUUGAGGGCGUGUUCUUGCGUGGUAGCUGGGAACGUCGAUUUGUUCGAGUUGCUGCUCUCGAUAGAGAGGGCGAGGUACUGGGAUAUACGGAGGUGGUUGAUAGUACCUUUGAGGAAUACGUCUCCAUAUCGCUGUUCCAGAUCUUCGUGUCACUUUGUUUCUUCCUAGUAGUUGGUUUCUUCGUAUGGAGAUAUCGUGAGAUGCUCACCAAACAAUCUUCGAAGAUCUUUGCGCUUCGACGCCAGCAGAAGAGCACGCAGCAAUAUGAAUUACUCGACUCGAGGGAGAAUCUCGAUGAUGCAGUUUGAAAGAAACGACCACGAUAUCAAAAAAUAUGACUCAAGGCUUGUCUGGGAACACUUGUAGCCCGUGAAAGGACCAAGAACGGCAAGAAGUUGUCGGCGCUGGCGGUGGAAGCCAAGAUCCGCUGGAUAGGCCGUCUCAUGUCGAGAAUAGCCACGGUGAUUACCUAGGGAGGGAGCAUUAGAUACCCAGAUUGUAAGAAAUAAUGAAUUCAUGUGAUCAAAGCCCUCGGGUCCGUCGUCUUAGUUGUCAGUUGGGUUGAGCUAUUAAAUCAUACUUUUGUUUCGUUGUUCGAUAUUGGGCGUUCGAAUGUUGGUAUCCAUUGAUUGAUCUUUGAUCCUGGGAAAAGAUUCGGUUUCUUAUAUCCUUACCGCGGAGUUUCCUCGAUGUCGUCAAGAAAGGCAUCAGAGAUCAUGGCCUUAUGGCCGCGAGUCCUUGUGUCGCUGCUCCCUGGAUUUCUUGUGAAGCGCGUCGGAGGCAGAGUUGAUGGAUUGUCUAUUCACCCUUAUUCACUUUAUCCCUGUCAGGUUGAGUGAUGGUCUUCCUCGCCCCCUCAACUUGCUGAGGAUUGAGAAGAACUGGUGUUAUCGACGGGGAGGUCGAGUGUCCUGGCUUGAGAGCGAAACCGAGAUUCGCGAAUUGCUGGAAAUAUCGCGAGUCUCAACAGAAGGCAGCUGCUCAGGAUCCGCUCCCACCAAAUGCAGUUUUAUCUUGGAGAAAUGUAAACAAAAGAACAUGGUAAAAUGCCCAUCGCGCAGUGCGUGUAGCACUGUCUCGAAAUUACUAGUGGUCACUUCUAUGUUCGGUAGCGGUCUGAUAUUCAUCACACAAAAGCGAGGGCUAACUCGUCACCGCUACAUUACUGUCGCUACCUCCCAUUCCGUCCCGGCGCAUCCAUCACCAGCUUCAAAGCCGAAAACCCAGCAAAGCACAACCCACAAUAUGUAACGAAAUAAGCAACUUUCCUGCAACACUUCAGUGAUGGAGCAACAACUCCGUCUCUCCUCUCCCUCUUCAGAUAAGAUCAUCUUCACUAGCAGGCUAUGCUCAAAAGAAUCUCUGGAUGGCCCAGGAGGCUACUCUACCUUGCUCUAGGCCCUUCUUUGGAAUUUUCUUUACCGACUACCUGGUUCGAAGAAGGAAGAUCUCAGCUGGGAAACCGUGCUCUACGGAUCCGUGAGGUAGCUAUUGUACAUCAUUAGACAAUAUUGGAAGACAUACGCGUGAGUUAUUAUGGUUGUUGUUUUGCCUACCCCCAUACUUGCUUGUUGUGGUGGCUAGACGUGACUUGCCGCUUGCUUGGCUGCAUGAGAAUUUACAAAUUAGAUACAAAGUUUAUCAGCAGUGUUUUGUAUUUUCUCCGUUUUCUGCACUUUUCUCAACAAUAUCGUGCGGAAAGCGUGGGCUAAACAGUCCAGAGAGGCGCGGGUUUGAGACACGUUGAGGUCUGAUGAUCUUUGGGGAGCUGUGUCCGCAGUCAGAGCUAGGAAUGCGAAGUGAUGCAAAUAGAAAAGAUAGAGUUUCGACACUAAAUAGUCAUUUUGGGCUUAAAUUGAAGGUUCAGAUAAGCCUGAGGUGUCGGCAUGGAAGAAGGAUUGAUAGUUGGAACAAACCGUGGUGGGUCUUGGUGUUGAGCCACGCGAUUGUUUGUGUCCACAUUCUCGCUUAAAUAUGGGAAUGCACCUGGGCAUUUACCGACUCAUGGGCGAGGAGUGUGGAUUAGAAAAAUCGCAUCCACAGAACGCGUCAUGUUGUUCACUUGCGUAACGACGACAACAUAUGUCAAUAACCGAAUUUUGGAAAGGAGUCAAUUUGCGAAUCUUUGACUAUUUGGUCUUGGUCAAUGUCUAGGUGAAUCCCAGAAACAACUCAAAAUGCCCUGGCCUCAAAGGGAGGCGAGAAAGAAAAGAAUGAUAUGUACAAGUAUCAAACUCAGUCUAGAAUAUACUGAAAUCUAUCCAG